AUGCCACAAACCACCUCCACAUCCUCGCCCACUGCCACUACACCCACGACUAAGGCCUUGAGUUUACAAGACACGGGAUCGAAGCCUUUUGUCUGCAAAGAAUGCCGACGUCCUUUCGCACGCCAGGAUGCUCUUACUCGGCAUGAAAAGCUUCACGUCCGUGCUACAAAUGCCAAGCAGGCUCAAGUACAACAGUCCGCCGGGCAUGUGCCACCGCAGGCGUCGCCUCUGGAUGCUAUAGCCUGGGACACCCAUCGAACUACCGCACCCGGGGUGGUGUCCUCGUCGGCACCCAAUAAUGCUUGGGAGACAACGCAAGCGGAGCCACAGCCCGGCCUACAGCAUGCAGCCUCUGAUCUCGACUUCACACUAAUAUGGCCUGAUUCCGAAAAUCUGUUUCAAAGCAUCAUGGCUUGUGAUACGACUGAUCAGUGGCAGAUGCCACUCGGCGCCCUGCCCUUUCCACCUGUUGUGCAGGAUGUAAAUGGGAUGAACUUUGGUUCGCCAAACUCCUUCGACGACAGAGGUUCAUCUAUAGGCGCUAUCCCAUCAGGUGGUAGCCACCAGGCUGUGCGAGAUGUUACAGAAAUGGUUACAAGCUCGUCAUCGAGCGUGACAGCAGCCAUCAAAGCGACUUCAAUAACAUCGGUCUUCCUGGACGAGUGCCUUCACAUGUUCUUUGUGCGAUUCAUACCCACUUUUCCCAUUCUGCACCGAGCAACAUUUGUCUUCCGGGAAUGCACACAUCCCUUGCUACUCAACGCUAUGGCACUUGGGUCCCUGUACUUAGGCCCCAAAGAUUCCGUAGCAAAGGGAGAGGCGCUAUGGCGCCUGGCCCAUACGGCUAUUGCUACUUCUUGGCAGUCCUUGAUCACACAUAGUGGUCCAUAUGAUGCUUGCAAAGGAGUCCAGCUCCUACUCACAGCUCUUUUGGGACAAAUAUAUGGUGCUCUGUCUAAGAAUCGAGUGAUCCGUACCACAAGCCAGGUCUUUCGCCCGCUCGGUUUCUUCUGGGCAAGACAUUGCGGUAUGCUAGACUGCGAGCCUUUUUCAAUGGAGAGCGUGCCAUUCCCCAGCGCACCGAACAGUGAGAAGGAAAAUAGGUGGCGGACAUGGGCAGCCAGGGAGAUUCAACAACGUGCAUUACUUGCCUACCACAUUCUAGACGGACUGGUUGCGCAGAUGUCUGGAGAUGGCGCAUCCACACGGCACGUUGCCAAUCCACUCAUUCUGCCCAGCAGCGAAGCUGCUUUCGAUGCCAGUAAUGUGGAUGAGUGGAUUGCUACCAUGCGAACUCAAAGAUCGGAGCAGCCUUCAUUCCGACUAGUCUUCCGCUCCCUUUUCCCUCCCAUCGGCGGUUUCCGCCCACUGGAUUAUCAAUUCUCAGCCUUCGCCCUACGGGUCGUUCUGGAAGGGUUGCAGUCUUUGGUCUCAGAUUCCGACGAAAGCGAUCUGGCGGCUGUCGGUGUUCCUGGCCGCUCUGACGUUCGUAGGGCGCUAGCUCAGGUGCAUGAGACCAUCACCAUGAGCAUCCACCUCUCGGCCCCGGAGAGACUCGAGGUCCUCCUCCGCUGGCACACAAUCUGCCUGGACACGAUGAUCAAUUCUACCAUUCUUUGCAGACACGUUUGCUCUCGCUACGAUAUCACACAGCAUGUCUCCGGCGGCUCUCGGACAAUGAGACCGGGGUUCGAUAUGGUCAAAUGGGUCAACACUGAAGAUGCUCGUCGCGCAUUGCUGCACGCGAUUGCGAUCCAGGAUAUUGUCGAGCAGUUGCCAAGGGGGCGUGCUCAUGUCAUUCACAUGCCCAGCUCCCUGUUCUCUGCAACGACGAUUUACGUUGUUUUCUCGCUCGCCGGGGUGACCAAUAUCCACCUUCCUCGUACUAUUGUCUGGCAAGACGCUUUGCUCUCGCGGGCUGAUCUGAAUCUUGGAUGUGACACCCUCCGCCCCUCGACUGGGUCAGAGACUCGCCGUUUUGUGGAGGAGGGACGAACCGACUCUCCUCCAGGAAUGGGGGCGGUGCGCAAUUUGCUGUAUGAGAUGAACUCGUUACAGAAGUUGUUCCGCUGCUUGUUUUCUCAGUGGGGCAUCGCUCACGACAUGGAGGAGAUCAUCGAUCAAUGGAUCACUCUUUGCCAUUGAUUGCCUUUCCCAGUGUGUCCACGACCUCGCGGGUGUCUCCUUCGUUUGAUCUCA